AUGAGGCUCCACCCCCUUACUCUAGAGCGCCCCCCCAGGGAAGUGAGGGAUGAGGCGGUGCCCUGCCCCGCGCAGAAGGUUUCGGAAAAGAAUGUUGUGAGCGAAAGUCGGAGAAGAAAACCUCCAAUUGACCUAUCGUUUGUCAGCUACAUCACAUACGACAAUGCAGACGACGAAGAAGCAGUGCUAGCUGCCUUUGCCACCGGUAUCUCUGCGCCACACCCUAAGAAGCACAACGUCUAUCAAGAUGAACUUCCUCCUGAGCCCAAGAAUUGGCGAGAAAUGCUUCAGCACACCUAUUGUAAAGGAUGGCUCACCGCAGCAGGACUUGAAGUUGAGUCCAUCCGAGUCCGCAAAACCUACACGGUCGAAUCUCAACCGUAA